AUGGACUUACAGUUUUUAGAUGUCAAAUUGCUAAUGCAUUGGUCGGAUGGUCAAUGCUUAGGACAUGCUCAUACAAACUUACAGCUAAGGUUCUUGGCAACUACAUCAGCUGGAUCUCCCUCUGGAAAAAGCAGCAGGUCAUCAGUCUUCUCUUUAUUUAACCUUAAAGAGAAGAGUAGGUUUUGGAGUGAGGCUGUUAUUCGUGGUGAUUUUGAUGAUUUGGAAUCUUCCAGACCCGGAAAAAUGGGUGUUCUCAACUACACAAAUGCAGGCAAUAUUGCAAAUUAUCUCAAGUUUCUGGAAGUUGAUUCUAUGUACCUCCCAGUGCCUGUGAACUUCAUUUUUAUUGGAUUUGAUGGGAAAGGAAACCAAGAAUUCAAGCUUCACCCUGAAGAACUUGAGCGCUGGUUCACAAAAAUUGAUCAUACCUUUGAACAUACACGUGUUCCUCAAAUUGGAGAAGUCCUCACCCCGUUUUACAGGAUUAGUGUAGAUAAAGAGCAACGACACCAUCUUCCCAUUGUCAGUCACAUAAACUACAAUUUUUCUGUUCAUGCAAUACAAAUGGGAGAAAAGGUUACUUCGAUAUUUGAGAAAGCCAUAAAUGUUUUCUCUCGCAAGGAUGACUCAUAUGGUAACAGGGAUGACGGGGAUGCUCUGUGGCAAGUAGAUGUGGACAUGAUGGAUGUUCUUUUCACUAGCCUUGUUGGAUAUCUUGAACUUGAAAAUGCAUAUAACGUUUUCAUCUUGAAUCCCAAGCACGACUCAAAAAGAGCUAAAUAUGGUUACCGGAGAGGUUUAUCAGAAUCAGAAAUAAAAUUUCUCAAAGAGAACAAGAAUUUGCAAACCAAAAUUCUUCAGUCGGGAAGCAUUCCAGAAACUGUUCUUGCUCUUGAUAAAAUUAAGAGACCUUUGUACGAGAAGCAUCCAAUGGCAAAGUUUGCCUGGUCUGUAACUGAAGACACUGAUACGGUUGAAUGGUACAAUGCAUGCCAAGAUGCAUUGAAUAAUGUGGAGAAGUUGUACCGAGGGAAGGAAACUGUGGACAUCGUGCAGAACAAAGUUUUACAGUUACUGAAAGGGAAGAAUGAAGAUAUGAAGCUUCUUUUCAGUGAGGAACUAAAAUCUGGGGAAUUCAACAAUCUUCAUGCUGAAUGCCUUACAGAUACAUGGAUUGGAAAAGAGAGGUGGGCGUUUAUUGAUUUAAGUGCAGGCCCUUUCUCAUGGGGACCAGCUGUUGGUGGGGAAGGUGUUCGGACAGAACUAAGUUCUCCCAAUGUGCAAAAAACAAUUGGUGCAGUUUCAGAAAUUUCCGAAGAUGAAGCAGAAGAUCGCUUACAAGAUGCUAUUCAGGAAAAAUUUGCCGUAUUUGGUGAUAAAGAUCAUCAAGCCAUUGAUAUUCUUCUUGCGGAGAUUGAUAUAUAUGAGCUUUUUGCUUUCAAACAUUGCAAAGGAAGGAAAGUAAAGCUUGCUCUUUGCGAAGAACUUGAUGAGAGAAUGAGGGAUUUGAAAAAUGAGCUCCAAUCAUUUGAAGGUGAAGAAUAUGAUGAAAGUCAUAAGAGAAAGGCUCUAGAGGCAUUAAAGCGAAUGGAGAAUUGGAAUUUGUUCAGUGAUACUCAUGAGGAGUUUCAAAAUUACACAGUUGCACGUGAUACUUUUCUUUCUCAUUUAGGUGCAAAUUUGUGGGGAUCUAUGAGACACAUCAUAUCACCUUCCAUAGCAGAUGGUGCAUUUCAUUAUUAUGAUACGAUAUCAUUUCAGUUAUUUUUCAUCACGCAGGAGAAAGUUAGACAUAUUAAACAAUUGCCUGUGGAUCUCAAGGCUCUAAUGGAUGGACUCUCCUCUUUGUUGUUACCUUCUCAGAAACCUGCUUUCAGUCUGCACUUGUUACCACUUUCAGAGGAUCCUGCUUUGGCAAUGGCCUUUUCAGUGGCACGAAGAGCAGCAGCUGUUCCUCUGUUGCUUGUUAAUGGAACUUACAGGAAAUCUGUUCGAUCCUAUCUUGAUUCCUCCAUUGUUCAGUAUCAGUUGCAGAGAAUGAAUGAUCACGGCUCUUUAAAAGGGAAGCUUGCCCAUAGCCGGUCUACACUAGAAGUUCCAAUAUUUUGGUUCAUCCAUGGUGAACCAUUGUUGGUUGACAAGCAUUAUCAGGCAAAGGCACUUUCUGAUAUGGUUAUUGUUGUUCAGUCAGAGCCUUCAUCCUGGGAGAGCCAUCUGCAAUGUAAUGGGCAGCCACUUUUGUGGGAUUUGAGGAGGCCUAUCAAAGCUGCGUUGGCUGCGGCUUCUGAACAUCUUGCUGGUCUGCUUCCCCUCCACCUUGCUUACAGUCAAGCCCAUGAAACUGCGAUUGAGGACUGGAUGUGGUCAGUCGGAUGCAACCCGUAUUCCAUUACUUCUCAAGGAUGGAACAUUUCCCAAUUUCAAUCUGAUACAAUUGCUCGGAGCUAUAUUAUCACAACUCUGGAAGAGUCAGUACAAGUGGUCAAUUCAGCCAUUCAUCUUCUAGUCAUGGAGCGUACAACUGAAAAAACCUUCAAACUUGUUCAGUCUCAGGAGCAUGAACUAAUUAACAAGUACAAUUAUGUUGUUAGUCUAUGGAGAAGAAUUUCAACUGUUACUGGAGAAUUGCGGUAUGUGGAUGCCAUGAGACUGCUAUAUACCCUAGAAGAUGCGUCAAAAGGGACCUCUACCCUCACUCCACCCAUCCCAUGCCACUUGAGCGAAGGCUUAUGCGCCUAUUCUGCAUUGUUUCUUUUCUUAUUUCUGAACAGAUUGUUCUAA